UCGGCGCUGGCAGCAAAAUCUGGGGCCUCGACCCAAACAACGGCCACAUCCGGUGGAUGAAGGAGGGCCCGACGUUGUGGACUGGCUUCUGUGCUGGUGACAAGGAGGGGGCCGACAUCCGCCGGGCCAUGGGCGGCCGCGAGAAGUGCAACCCGAACAGCUGGUCCAUGCCGGUGGCCGAUUCGACGGGCGACUUCUACGUUGGCAACCAGGUCGGCGAGCUGAUGAGGUACGGCUUAGAAACCCACUCGACGAACACGAGGCCCGACCUCCUCUCGACCCUGACGACCGGUGUGGCCUUCCAGGACGCCGCCAUCGCUUUCGGCUCGGGCUUCAUGGCGGUGUCCACAUGCACCUCCCUCAUCGUCUUUGCGAGCAUGGCAGGAUUCGAAAACCAGACCUGGUCCGUCUCGCACAGUGACUACUCACCGAUCUCCAACAUGGUCCACGGCGAGGACAUCUCGCACGAGAUCUCGGAAGAGAGCCAUGGCGACAUCUCGGUCACGCCGAAGGUAGAUUCGGACGACAUCUGGUCCAACGACGAGCCCGUCUACGACCCGAACAUUGACGGCCACACCUACAACCGAAGGAUGGCGAAGGCGAAAGACGUCACUUACUGAGCGCGGCGCAGGCCUAGGGGCAGCCCAGUAGCACGUUCUCCAACCGCCCUCCCUCCCUCCUCCCUCCUUCUCCCUCCCUUCUCCGUUAGCAAUUCUAGUCCCCAUCCCCCGUCUUCCGUCCCUCCAACCUCCGGAGGCCCAGCGAGCCCUCUGGGCCGCGGACGUCCAGUGUGCUUUUAUUUAUAUACUCGUGUACUGUUCUGCUCCCCCGCCUCAGCCUUGUGCACGUCCGGCCGCUAGUAUGUGCCAUUGCCAGCACAUUCAACCAUGCGUUUGAUUUCUGCGCUGC